GCUUCAUAAAUCUCCUCCUUGAAUUCAGAGUAAAGCAGGUAGAACAGGUUGAUCAGCAAACAACUAAAAGCAAAACUGCAGUGUAACAUCGUCAAAGAAAGAGGACGAAAAAUCAGCAUUAACCAGCAGAACAUUUUUCAUGGCCUAAUAGAUUUCUAAACAGAAAGAAGAGGGACAGUACUUCUAAAAUGAGUCUCAGUGAGAAGACAGAGGAGGGAUGUUCUCAGUCCCAGAAAUCUCCAGAUCUCAGGUGUGUGUCUCUGAAGCGUGACAGAUCCAUGGAUUUGCCUGAUAAUCUCAAUAGUGAAGCAGUGACCACUGAUUAGUUGCCUGUUAGCUACACUGAGAGUGACACUGCUUCUGAGAUGAGCGUCAAUGAGAAGACAGAAGAGGGGUGUUCUCAGUCCCAGAGAUCUCCAGAUCCCAGCUGUGUCUAUAUUUAACGAUCAUAAUUUCAGUGUUGAAACAGUAAUCACUGAUUCUAUUGUUGGAACAUAUGAUCAGACCGCAGACCAGCUGAGGAAUUCUCCUCAAACAACUGAUGAACUACAAAGAAUCAAAGACCAACACAAAACCAGCAUGAAGAACAAGUAUGAUACAUUAUUUGAGGGAACCAAACCCCAAGAGAAUAAAACUCUCCUGAACAGGAUCUACACACAGCUCUACAUCAUAGAGGGAGAAAGUGAAGGAGUGAAUGAAGAACAUGAAGUUUUACAGAUGGAGAAAACAGCCGGAACAAAACACUCACAAGACACAAUUGACUGCAAUGACAUCUUUAAAGCUUCACCUGAACCAGGAUGUGAGGAGAAAGACCAAAUCAAGACUGUUCUUACUAAAGGCAUCGCUGGAAUCGGAAAAACUGUCUCUGUGCAGAAGUUCAAUUCUGGACUGGGCCGAGGGAAAAGCCAAUCAGGAUGUAGAUUUCAUGUUUGUGCUUUCAUUUUGAGAGCUGAACUUGAUCCGAGAUCAUCAGUACAGUCUUCACAGACUUCUGCUGGACUUUCAUCCUGAACUUCAAGAUCUGGACUCAAAGAUUUAUGAGGAGUGUAAAGUUGUGUUCAUCUUUGAUGGUCUGGAUGAAAGCAGAAUCACACUGAUGUUUUCAGAUGAUCAGAAA